GAGAGAGGGAACAGCAGUCCAAACAGAUCAGAUUGCAAAAGAUUGAUAGAGAGAGCUGUUCUGUUAAUAAGUAGUUUUAUGGAAAAUAUGACAGGCAGACUAAAUACAAAUAAAAAUUAAGGAUGAACACCAGCUGAAGACAAUGCCUCUGAAGAUGGAGAUACAAAAACCUGAAUUUUCACUUGGAUAGUUCUCGUUUUGCACCUGUUCUGCAAGUCCAGCGCUGACUGAGUAACGGCGGCUUGGGCCAAGGUUUCUGGUGCGAUUCAGCCUCGUCAGAGCUCCGUUUCACCUGCGCUCGCAAAAGCACCUGAAAACGACAGAGAGAGAAAGAGAGAGAGAAAUCAAAGAAGGAUGAAGAAAUUCAAAAGAAGCCUUAUCCUUUUGCUGAAGACGAAGGAGUGGUUUUCUUCAGUAUUAGAUUAGCAACAAAGAAGGAGGAGUUGUAGUGGCAGAUGGAGAGAAUGCCUCAGUUUGGUUAACAGGGAUACUGGGAGAGAAGAUACCAUCUUUUAGUUCUGCAACCUGGUGUAGGACAAGUAAUCAUAAAGGUAUUGGAUUAAUACACAAGGCUACCAACCAUCCACCUAAAUGACUCACUGACAUGCAACUGAGCCAGUGAUCAAGCUGUGAAGGGGCCUUGAUCACACACUGGGACUCCAGGUCUGCCCUUCUACUCUAACCCUGCAGCUGGAGGUGCCGUCAGGAACAUGAGCGUGGGAAGAAUCAACCGCUACAGCAUUGUGUCAUCUGAAGAAGAGGGUCUGCGCCUCACUACCAUGCAUGGUAUGAAUGGAUUUGGCAAUGGCAAGAUCCACACACGCCGCAAGUGCCGCAACCGCUUUGUGAAAAAGAAUGGCCAGUGUAAUGUGCAGUUUGCCAAUAUGGACGACAAGUCGCAGCGCUACAUGGCCGACAUCUUUACAACGUGUGUUGACAUCCGCUGGCGAUGGAUGCUCGUAGUCUUUACUCUUGUGUUUGUUGUCUCUUGGCUGGCCUUUGGCUUAGCUUUUUGGGUUAUAGCUUUGCUGCAUGGAGAUCUGGACAACCCAGCUGGAGAUGACAACUUCACUCCAUGCGUUCUACAGGUCAAUGGAUUUGUGGCAGCCUUUCUAUUCUCCAUUGAAACGCAGUCUACCAUAGGUUAUGGCUACCGCUGUGUGACUGAAGAGUGCCCAGUAGCUGUCUUUAUGGUGGUCUUUCAGUCUAUAGUUGGCUGCAUCAUUGACUGCUUCAUGAUUGGCGCCAUCAUGGCCAAGAUGGCAAGGCCUAAGAAGCGAGCACAAACACUCUUGUUUAGCCACAAUGCCGUCAUUGCCAUGCGGGAUGGAAAGCUGUGUCUAAUGUGGAGGGUAGGGAAUCUGCGCAAGAGCCACAUUGUUGAGGCCCACGUCAGAGCACAGCUCAUCAAACCUCGGAUAACUGACGAGGGGGAAUACAUCCCUCUAGACCAGAUAGACAUUAAUGUGGGCUUUGACAAAGGCCUGGAUAGGAUUUUCUUGGUUUCACCUAUCACUAUUCUACAUGAGAUAGAUGAGGAGAGCCCUCUUUUUGGGAUCAGCAAACAGGACUUGGAGACCGCAGACUUUGAGAUUGUUGUCAUCUUGGAGGGAAUGGUUGAAGCAACCGCCAUGACCACCCAGGCUCGCAGCUCCUACUUGGCCUCAGAGAUUCUUUGGGGACACCGGUUUGAGCCUGUGUUGUUUGAGGAGAAGAACCUGUACAAGGUGGAUUACUCUCACUUUCACAAAACUUAUGAGGUGCCGUCCACCCCCCGCUGCAGUGCCAAGGACAUGGUGGAAAACAAGUACCUAGUCCCCAGCUCUAAUUCUUUCUGCUAUGAAAACGAGCUGGCCUUCCUUAAUCGCGAUGAUGAGGAAGAGGAUGUAGGUGGUGGAAGCAGAGCACUGGCGAACCUCAGUCCAGAUCGAAAUAGCCGACCUGAAUUUGAACGCAUACAGACCACCAGGGUCCUGGAUCAAAGGUCAUAUCGUAGAGAAUCGGAAAUAUGACCUCUACACUUUGACCUGAAGGUCAAAUUUCAAUAACUUUAUUAAGGGUAAAAAUGCAGAACAAUGCAAAGUGCCAUAGGAAAAGCUGACUACUGUGAAAGAGUGUAAAGGUGACAGGACAACAGUAAAAGGGACUUAAUUGGAAGAAAUGGGUAAAAGUGGGUGUAUGCAGCUUGGCAAAUUGUGGUAAAGUAUGUCUACAAACAAGGAAAAAGCUAGAGGGAUACCUUCUUCCUUUAUGGAAACUUGAAUCUUUUUUCACACGGUUAUUUUGAGUUUAGAGUGUUAACUGAUAGAGCAUCAAAAACCUUUAUGACAAAACCUUAUAAUCGAACCUUAGGUGUAAAUACAUUUAUUAGAUAAGUUAUGUUUUGUGUGCAGUAUCAGUUUCCAAAAACACUUUUAAAAUUAAAAGUUGCUAUUUCAAAUUGUUCUUGAGAUCAAAGAUAAUGUUGGAAGGCUUCUCUUAAGCUCUCUUCGAAUUGCUGCGAUUUGCUGGAAUUGCAUUCAGUGACACAUUGAAAAUUUGUGCACCGCAGCAUUCAGAUGCAAUGAGCCAUGAUCAAACAUCUGACCAUGAGCCGCUAAGAACAACACAAGUCUACAACUUCAUUCGAAACCCAAGCUAGGGACCCAGACAAGAAUAUAAAGGAAGGUGUUAAACAGAAAUGAAACUGUAUGGACUCCCUAUUAAUAAUGACCUAAUUCUUCUUACAAGCUAACAAACCAUGAUUUGGCUGCCUACAGAUAUGAUGACAUUUGCAAAUACGGUUCAACUAAGAAGUCAAGUAAAACAAAACUUAAUCAAUGAUUUUAGACAAUCGUGCUACAGGUGGCAAUAUCAAAGUUUGUACUGAUGAAAUUAAUAAAUAAACAACCCUUAAAAAUGCACACUGAAGUGCUCUUUUACAUUUUCCACUUAUGUGACAAGCAAAGAUCACCUAAAACCUUUAUGUUAUCACUCUUCACUACUUUAUCCUGAAUUCUAUCAAGACAAAACUGGUAAAAACUGACUACACUUAAUGUUUUUUUUUAAAUGGAUCUAUGCAUAUUAACCUAUCAGGGGACAAGCAUCCUAUAGAGCGAAGUGUGUGAGAUAAAAUUAUCUAAAGGCAUUGGUUCAACCAUUGCCCAAUGCUUAAAAAAACCAAACUGAAAUUAAAAAGGUAUGGUGUCAAUUUCCAAAGGUAACUGCUACUGAAGUUUAUUUCACCAGAGUUAAAUUAAAUUUACAGUAAACUGACUGUCAAAAAUGGAUAAAGGAAGACUGCUUGAUAGAUUUAUUUUGUCUGAGAGUGGGCCUAUGAUUAGGUUAAAUCACAAAUCUAAGAUUUAGUUGUUUGUAUCCUAAAUGGACGAGCACCAUAAAGUCUCCAGUAUACCUGCCGCAAUGGUUGCUUCGCUCUCUGCUGCAACCUCGUCUCACAGUCUCUUGUAUUUAAACCCGCCAGUAUGGCGCAGGAGCUGCUGCAUUAUUCUCUUGAAUGAUAUUUGCCGCCACUCAUACAAUAUCACCACAUAAGCGCUGCUAUAGGAGGAGAAGAAGUCAAAACCAGAAGCAAAGACUUUGUUGAGUGUUUUUUCCACAAACUCUCAAACCUUUCCUGCAUCUCCCUCUGUAUAUCUGUAUGUCUUUGAGCUUCUGUGGUGGAGUAUCAUUAAGAUGGCGGUAAAAGCCGACACGCUCAUACACUCGUGUCUUCACCCAAGCUGCAAGCAGCCACGGCGUCACAUGUCAGGUUACAAAAAUUAAGAGGUACACAACCAGCACAAGGUACAUAACAGAUGAUGUGACAUCAAAAUCAGCGUGCGACACAGUGAGCAUAAUGACCCCAUUAGGCAGAUGAGUGUGUGUACAACACUUUGUGCUUUUAGAUUAAGUUUAAAAUACUCAAAAUGUAUAAACCAACUUUAUAACUGCUCUGACAUUUCUAUUCAGUUUACAUGAACAGUGGUUAUAUUUGACUACUGUUGUUAUAAUGUUACUAAGAGAGCUUAUUGCGUUUCAAACUAUACUUGGAUUGUAGAUUUACAUGACAACAUUUUAUUGAUGAUACAACAAACUGAUCCUACAUUAAGCUGAAAAGUCAGAUGUCCAACAGUAACACACACAAAAAAAGACAGUGUUCCCUUUUUUAAUACUUGACUUUUGCUUUUAAAACAGUACAUACUGUAGACAGCUAAAUGCAGUUUAGCAAUAUGCUAAUAAAUGAGUUAAGACACUGGAGGGAGUUCAGAAUAGAAGCAAUAAACACUGAAGCACACUUUUUUAAAAAUGCGCUUAUUCAUGUUCAUUCACAGAUAACAAGUAAAAGGUUUUGAGCAAGGAUAAGGACCAUAGAGGUAUUUUUGUUUGUUUUUGGAGUUUUUUUGUAUUUUACUUUUAAUAAAACUUGUAAUAGAAAUAAUUUCUCAUGAUUGAUACCAAAGUAGUGGAGUGUAGCCUGGACUUAACUUGUUAAGUAAUUGCUCCCACCUUAAUCUUCCAAAACCAGUUCAGACGGAAUGGGUAGAUAGGCUCUAAGAAGGAGUUUGAGUCUCCAGUUUGCAUAUUAAAAUCAUUUCUAAAACUACAUCAAAACAUACAGUAGAUAUCUGUCAAAUAAAAAUCUAAAACCAAAUCAAGUAAUCUUUUAUUUGUAGUUUGCUCUAUAGAAAGUAGGUUAAAGUAAAUAUAUAGAAUUAUUAAGCAUGAUAGCUUUUUUCUACGGCAUGGACAAUAAGAUUUAAAAAAGAGCCCUUAUUCUAUACCAUGCCAGUUUAUCAUCCAAACUUCAACAUGUUCAGCAUAAAGUUCAGCUUAAUUAUUACCUCAGUAAAAUGUGUAUUUCAUGGUCCUAUACAAAAAAUUAUGGCAAACAUAAAAGACUCUAUAUGUGCAAAGAAGGAGAUUUAGGUCUCAUUCACACAGGCCUAGAGACCAGUUGGUGGCCACUGAGCAGCCACUGGUAUCUAGGAAGAAAUUUGUAUUUUCUAACCGGUUAUUGGUACGUGCGGGAGGCUGUUGGCUGUCGUUGGGUGAAAUUGGUCACAAAGAAGUAUACGGUGCUGCAUUUAAAAUCUCCUUGCAAUUGCUUCAGUCACAAGCAGAUUGCCUUUGUUGUCUGUAGUUUGCAUGCUGUCUGCCAACAAUCGCCGACUACUUGCCAAGCAGAAAAUAAAAAGUGCGAACUUCGAUCCAAAUUGGCAAACACAUAACAUUUGGCUUCAAAUUAAAAGUACCUUCAAAGGUAAUUGCUCUCUCUUGCAACCUGUCAGCAACCAAGGCUAUCUGCUAACAAAACAAUCACAAUAAGGGCGGGUAGAGUACCCUCUUUAUGACCGAUUUCACCUGGCAAUAGCUAGGAACCUCCUGCAACCCUCAAUAACUGGUUAGGAAACACCAGUUUCUCUAGCAACCAGUGGUUGCCAAGGGUCACCAGCUACUGUCUGUGCCUGUUUGGCUGAGGCCUUAACUGAUUUAAAGAAAUAGGAAAUAGAAAAGAGGAACCAUAAAAUGGUUGUUAUGCUGGUCACAAUGACUAAUGUUUUCAGUUAAGUUGUCAUACGUGUGAGUCUAAGAUACUUCUUGGCUUUAUGUUGCUUUCUUGUAGGAUGUAGUGAAACAUAAAUAGAUUUUUUGAGGCUUAUAAAUGAAGCAUCCUUUACCUACCUUGAACAUUCAUAUGUUCAUUACCUUCUGGGAAGGUUUUGCACACUGAUGUGUGAAGCCUCUGCACCUACUCACGAAACUUUAGUGAUUAAAAAAAGGUGAAGGGUCUACAGCUUCCACGCUGCGUUAAAGAGAUUCAAUAAAUUCAAUUUCUACUGAAUAUUUUUUUUCAAAGAUUGUUUUUAAUUUUCAUGUUGCCCACCUGAGCCCUUAAAAAAGAAGCACACACUAAAGUUUUAGCUAAAUAAGACAUUUAUAGUAUAAAAAGAACAAUGAUCAUAAAAGUGAUAAUAAGGAGCAGCCAGGAUGAACAACCUGCUUAUUUUUAUACAAAGUUGUUGUUGUUGUUUUUUUUUUUAUAGAAUACAACAAUCAAUAUUUAUCUGUUUUUACCAGAGCACUACGAUAGAAAUCACACUGAGAGGCUAAAAUGUAAUUCUUGUCUUAGUUUUCAAAUUUUCACUUUCUGUUGUUUCCUUUCUGCACAGAAGUUAAUGAUUAAACAGGUAUUUCUCUUAAAGGGAUGAUUGGAAAAACCUUUGACCUCUGUAGAAGUCUUCCUAUGUCCAGCAAAAUGUCUACUGGGCUUUUUAU